AUGGCCAUGGCAAAGUUCUUCAUACCUGAUACGGCCCCCUUAUUUGCGUAUUCGGGAUCUUGGGUCCCGGCUUAUCAUCCUCGCGGAGAUGGAUUUGACGAGACAUUCCACCAGACCGCAGAUGGGAGUGAUACUGUCUCGUUCAACCUGACCGCAUCUUCCCUUCACAUCUCAACACCCUACAGCGAUAGCCCUUCCUCCACGCUCGCAAGGUGCGACGCCCAGUACAGGAUAAACGGCUCGGACUGGGCGGACGGGUGCGACGUAAGGCAUUUACCGAGAGGAUGGCAUGCGGUGGAUGUACGGCCGAAAGGAGGGGGCGGGAUGCAGUUUCUAGGGAUAAGGGGGGAGAUCAGGCUGGGGAGCGAUGAUAAACACCACAAUACGACGAUAGACAACUUAUCUUCCCAAUUCACCUACACCCCCUCGGCUAGCUGGACACUCAUCACCUCAGCGGGACCACUCGGGGCUGUGCAGAACCAGACGGCAGCUGGGGUAUUUGGGGAUAAGGGCGGGUUCUAUAAUCGGAGCUUGGGGCUGAGUACGGCGCAGGACGCCAAGGCGGAGUUUAAGUUUAAGGGCGAGGCGGUGUACCUGUAUGGGCUGAGCGGACCGGAGAUGGGGGUGGGGGAAAUCAUGUUGGAUGGGCGGAGUGUGUCCACUGUGAAUAUGAGCCUGCCCUGGCGAAGCUACCCCUCCCUCAUGUUUAUGGCUGGGGAUCUGGACGGGUCGGUCGAGCAUACUGUUUCGUACACCAACUCCCUCGCUGGGUUGUCCGCCGUCAUAGACUAUGCCGUCGUCACACUGCCUGGAGCAAGCAGCACACCAAUCAACCUCGGGCUCAUCCUCGGUGCCGCCGCUGGCGGGGUCACCUUCGCCCUCGUCCUCUGCAUUUUCCUCUACUGCUACAUCAUCCGCCGUCGGUCCCGGCGUCGGGCUACUCCAUCCCACCGGUCUCCCUCCCACCCCUCAUCUGCCGGAUACGCAGACACCCCGAAGUCUAUCGACGCAUGGCGCAAGCAGUCUGGUGGUGCUCGAUCGCCCAGUAGCCCCAUAUCCGUCGUCUUCUCCGAAGCCUCGACUGCGCAGCUGGUCAAGAUGAACCAGCCAAGCCCGCCGGACUAUCUGGGAAUCGACUACCCCGACUAUAUCCCGUACAAUGGCCCGGUCGAGAAACGGCCAACAUCACACAAUACGCCGGCUCCGCCCAAUAUCGUCGGCGCUUCGCCGUCGGCAGCGACCUGGCUGGCCGCUCAGAGCCUAUCAACCAGUCCGCAGACUGGGAACAGCUCAUCUCGUUGGAGCCAGACAUUCCCCUCGGGGAGCUCGUCUCGUUCUCUUACGUCACCUUAUGCGUCCCGGAGCGGCUCCUCCUCGUCCGGAUACAAGUCUACCACCUCCCCUGUCCGUCCAUCACCACCCAAACGGCAGAACAGUCGGGAUACUACUCUAUCAUCGCUCGACGUCCCCCUCACUGCGCUCGAGUACUACUCCAUGCCUCGCAGCUCCCCAGCCAAUAUCCAUCCGCGCGAUCCUUACGCUUCCCCCAGCGAUGUUCCCAUGACAGCAACCGACCUCUUCUCCGUCCCAUCAGGCAGGCAAUCACUCCAACGGGACUCGCCCUUACCUCCCUCCUCGGCGGGGUCCGAGCUGACGUACGCGCGCAAUGCGACCAUCAGCAUGGCCACAUCGAGCAGGGUGGAGAUGGGACAAGGUGUCGCCCGGCUCUGGCCCAGCAGGGCUGCUGUUCCCUCGGCGAUGCUACAACCGGACUCGUCCCGGGGCGUCACUCGUCUCCCCCGCAAACUUCCUCCCGUCAGUCCCGCCGGCAGCUUCUCCGCACUAUACGGUACCUACACCAACCCCACCCAACCCCCUUCCGCACUCACAACGAGCCAAUCCCGAUCCACACGGCAACUCCCAUCCGCCAUGCCCUCCUCCGCGGCUCUGGCCGCCUCUUCCCCCUCGGCCUCCGGCCCGCCGACACCUUCGCUCCGGCGCGGCGUGUCCAUCAAAUCAGUCAAGACAGUCCGGUCCUUCUUCUCGGCCCUGAUCUCGGGGGGUGAUAUGCCCGCCGUACCCCGCUUUGAGCGCGAGGGUCCCGCGAGGCCGGAUAGUGAUCUCUUUGGAGAUUCGGUGUCGGUGUCCAGGCGGCCGUCGAUCAAUGAAGGGUCUGGGCUGUAUGGGGCAGGAAUAGGGUUGGGUGGGAAUGUGGGCAGAGGAGAGGGAGCGGGUGUCGGAGAAGGAGGUCAAGGAGGUCAAGCGGGGUAUCGACAUGCCCCGCAGCCACUUCGGCUACGAGGGUCGGAGGGGCAGGGACCGAGGAACCUGUUCAUCGAGCUGAACCCGAAUAGUCCGAUGACGGUAGUCAGCAGACCGGGGAGCGAGCAGCCGUUAUGGUGA